UUGAUAAAACCAGAGAUCAAACACCAGCUCUGAGAGUAAGAAGUUUUAACUCCUGGUGAAAUGCUGCUUCUGCCACUUCUAUUACUGGCAGGUCGCUUCCCCGGUGGUGACAAUGAGGAUGGUAAGAGUAACUCGGGCAGCCGCUAGUGCUGGUGCGGAGUCUGGAUGCAAGCAUUGCUGCACUUUUGCAGGUGUGCUUGGGCACUGAGCGUCCAGGUCCUCCCUGCUCUAGCUCACGCUCGUCCUUUCUCACUAUGCUGGAAGCCAACAGCCCUGGGACAUCCAAAUGUCUUGUGUGCUCUUUAGACUAUGGGCCUUGUCUGAGUCUAUUCAAAUUUCAUUCUUUCUCAUUUCCUCCUGCUUGUCCUUUUCCCUUCACCAUGCUAACCUUCCUCUCUUUGCAGCCCUCCAGGGGCCGACGUCUUACCAUGUCAUGCAGAUCUCUUCCUUUACAAACAGCACCUGGACAGAAAAUCGAGGCUCAGGCUGGCUGGAAGAUUUGCAGAUUCACAGGUGGGAUAGUGAAACGGGCACUGCCAUCUUCCUGAAGCCCUGGUCUAAGGGAAACUUAAGCGAUGAGGAAAUUACUGAGCUGGUGGAGCUGUUCCGGGUCUACUUCUUUGGACUCGUUCGAGAACUGCGAGACCACGUCACUGAAUUCCAGAUGAAGUACCCGUUUGAGCUGCAAGGCAUAGCAGGCUGUGAGCUGCAUUCUGGAGGUGUCAUCAAAAGCUUCUUGAGGGGAGGUUUAGGAGGGCAGGAUUUUCUGUCCCUCAGGAAUCAUUCAUGCUGGCCUGCCCCAGAAGGUGGCAUCAGUGCAAAGAAAGUAUGCACACUCAUCGCUCAGUACAGAGGUAUCACUGAAAUCGUGGGGAAACUCAUCUUUGAAACCUGCCCCCGGUACCUCCUGGGUGUCCUUGAAGCUGGGAAGGCAGAGCUGCGGAGGCAAGUGAAACCCAGGGCCUGGCUGUCCAGUGGCCCCAAUCCCGGACCUGGCCGUCUGCUGCUGGUGUGCCAUGUGUCUGGCUUCUACCCAAAGCCUGUGUGGGCGAGGUGGAUGCAGGGGGAGCAGGAGAAGUUGGCUCAGAGAAAUGACACCCUCCCCUAUGCUGACGGGACGUGGUAUCUCCGAGUAACCCUGGACGUGGCAGCUGGGGAGGCGUCUGGCCUGUCCUGUCGGGUGAAGCACAGCAGUCUAGGAAAUGAAGACAUCAUCCUCUACUGGGGAAGCUCGAUCUCCAUUGGAAUGAUAUUUCUGGCAAUAAUAGUGUCCGGCUUAAUCUUUUUGUUGUUCUUGGCCUUAUGGUUUUGGAGGCGCCGGUCAUAUCAGAAUAUCCUGUAAAUCUUUUUGACAUUAUCUCCCUCAUUUGCAAUACAUUGUGGGAAUCUCAGGAGCUCAAGAUGUCAGCCCAGGAAUCAGUAUGUCAUCAAAUAUAUUAGAUCAAGUCAGACUUUUCACAGAUUAUAAGUACUAUAAUCUAUGUACAAGUAGGAAACCAAUUAACAUUGUGAAUUAUUAGAUAUUACCAAUAAUAGGAUCCAUUCAUAUAUCACAUGUAAUAUUUGUUUAUUAUGUAACUUUUGAGAUAACUAAGCAUUUUAUAUCUUGCAUUCUCUUGAUGUGUUGUAUACUGAUUUGAAAAUGAUAAAAUAAAAUUAUGUCUGUGUAGUUUA